AUGGUCUCCAGAUUGGAAAUAACCAUGGUUCUAUCACGGCUGAAUUUCAUCUUCCGCGGGGCAGCGUACACCACCGAAGAUAUCGAUCGAUUUUGUCUCCGAGAUCUACGCUGCCCAGACUCGCUGGUUGUAAAGAAUCGGUUGAAAGAGAAUAAGGACAAGUUACUCUCCCAGUCAAUCGAAUGGAUUCUUCAAGACCCGCAGUAUGAGACUUGGCGAAAUGGAGACGAUGUCAGCCUGCUUUGGAUCAAGGGGGGUGCUGGCAAAGGGAAGACCAUGAUGUCGAUCGGUCUUAUCGAGGAGCUCACACGGGCACAGCAUGAAUCUACUGUGGUGACUUACUUUUUCUGCCAAAAUGCUGACUAUGAGCUCAAUACCCUUGAAGCAAUUAUUAAGGGUUUAAUCUUACAACUAGUGAAUCAGCAAAUUGUGCUUAAAGAGUCUCUACGUAGCCGCUGGGACACUGUGAACAAUUGUUUCAAUGAGGACGUUACCUCGUGGCGAACUCUGUGGAACAUCCUUUUGGAAAUGUUGGACCGGUGCAACUGCUCAAGGGUAUACAUGAUUAUUGAUGCUCUUGAUGAGUGUGAAGACGAUGGCAUGGCCGACUUCCUGAAAUUAAUCGUCCGAAAUGGACUGGACCAUCCCGCCAGAAUCAAAUGGAUGUUGACAAGUCGACCGUUGGAGAGCGCAGAGCGGGCAUUAUUAGCUGGACAUGACCAGGUGCAAGUCAAUUUAGAGCUCAACUCGAAAUGUGUUUCCGAGGCUGUGAAGACUUACAUCACUUAUAAAGUUGAUGAGCUCAGUCAUCGCCACAGAUACGGAGAAACACUGAGGAGAGAGGUAGAAACUGAGCUUACUGAAAAGGCUGAGGGUACCUUUUUGUGGGUAAGCUUGGUAUGCAAGAGACUCGAGAGUGUCUGCCGAGAUGAGGCCUUGGCCACAAUUCGAAACUUGCCACCAGGUCUGGAUCGCUUUUAUGAACAGAUAUUGAAUCAGCUUAGGAAGGGUGAACACGCUGAUGUACAGCGGUGUAUGCGACUUCUCAAGGCGAUGAUGCUGGCAUACCGGCCUUUAAAGGUGGAGGAAGUUCCUAGUGUGACUGGCCUAACUGAUGGGGAGGACACUAUUAUAGGAUUAGUUAAUCGCUGUGCUUCAUUCAUCAGGAUGCGGGAAAACAACAUCGAGUUCGUUCAUCAGUCUGCUCGGGACUACCUGGCCGGGGAGAAGGGACUGUCUAUACUCGACUCACAUGAAUGCUUUGGACAUGAUGAAAUUGUACUGGGUUGUCUGUCUUAUUUAUCCCAAUGGCUCAAGGUCAAUCUCAUUGAAUUGCCGCGACCUGACGCAACCAGAGAAUGUUUGAAAACUCUGAUAGAUGAGAAAGGAAAUGGCUUACUGUCUCGUGUGGACUAUGCAGCUACAUUCUGGGUGCAACAUCUCCAGAACACUAACCGUACUACAAAUGUCCAGAAUGGGCUCACUGAGAAAGGCCAAGUUAGUAUAUUCCUCCACACAAAGUUGUUGGAAUGGCUAGAAUGCCUAAGCCUAUUAGGCAGGCUACCACAGGCCGUUGACGCGUUGAAAGUGUUAGAAAAUAUAUCAGAAGAUGCUACGCGUUUUUUAUUGCGACACUACCACACUCUGACUCAUUGGCCAUUACAGGUCUACAGCUCGGCCAUCGUCUUUAGUCCCGAAUCAAGUGUUGUGAAGAGGGAAAAUCUAGACAAAAUCCCUGUAUGGCUGAGAAAAGUCCCUCCUAUGGAGGACAGUUGGGCGUCUCUGAUACAGACGCUAGCAGGCCACUCGUGUCCCGUCCUGACUGUGGCUUUCUCACCAGAUGGCAACCAGAUUGCAUCUGGCUCUGAUGACAACACUAUCAAGCUUUGGGAUGCUACCACAGGUGACCUCCAGGAGACACUCACAGGCCACUUAGGCAGAGUCCUGACUGUGGAUUUCUCACCAGAUGGUAAGCAGAUUGCAUCAGGCUCUGAUGACGAUACCAUCAAGCUUUGGGAUGCUGCCACAGGUGACCUCCAAAAGACACUAGCUGGCGAUUCAAGAGGAGUUGUGACUGUGGCUUUCUCACCAGAUGGCAAGCAGAUUGCAUCAGGCUCUCAUGACGACACUAUUAAGCUUUGGGAUGCUACCACAGGUGACCUCCAGAAGACACUCGCAGACCAUUUAAGCUCAGUCUGUACUAUAGCAUUCUCACCAGAUGGUAAGCAGAUUGCAUCAGGCUCUCUUGACGAUACUAUCAAGCUUUGGGAUGCUACCACAGGUGACCUCCAGAAGACAUUAGCUGGCCAUUCAAGCGCAGUCAUGAAAGUGGCCUUCUCACCAGAUGGAAAGCAGAUUGCAUCAAGCUCUGACGACAAAACCAUCAAGCUUUGGGAUGCUGCCACAGGUGACCUCCAGAAGAUAUUAGCUGGCCACUCAAGCGGAGUCAUAACUGUGGCUUUCUCACCAGAUGGCAAGCAGAUCGCAUCAGGAUCUAAUGACAAAACCAUCAAGUUUUGGGAUGCUGCCACAGGUGACCUCCAGAAAACAUUAGCUGGCCACUCAAGUGCAGUCGUGACUGUGGCUUUCUCAUCAGAUGGCAAGCAGAUCGCAUCAGGCUCUUAUGAUUGCACUAUCAAGCGUUGGGAUGCUACCACAGGUAACCUCCAGAAGACACUAGUAGGCCACUCAGGCCUAGUCCAGACUGUGGCUUUCUCACCAGAUGGCAAGCAAAUUGCAUCAGGCUCUCUUGACGACACUAUCAAGCUUUGGGAUGCUACCACAGGUGACCUCCAGAAGACAUUAGCUGGCCAUUCAAGCGCAGUCAUGAAAGUGGCCUUCUCACCAGAUGGUAAGCAGAUUGCAUCAGGCUCUGAAGACGAUACCAUCAAGCUUUGGGAUGCUGCCACAGGUGACCUCCAGAAAACACUAGCUGUCCACUCAAGUGCAGUCGUGACUGUGGCUUUCUCACCAGAUGGCAAGCAGAUCGCAUCAGGCUCUGAUGACAACACUAUCAAGCUUUGGGAUGCUACCACAGGUAACCUCCAGAAGACACUAGUAGGCCACUCAGGCCUAGUCCAGACUGUGGCCUUCUCACCAGAUGGCAAGCAGAUUGCAUCAGUCUCUGAUGACAAAACCAUCAAGGUUUGGGAUAUCGCCAAAUCUCUGAAAGCCUCACAAUAUCUUGGACACACUUUUAGUAGCCAUUUCAAGUCCCGAUCGUGGAAGGAAAUUAAGACAUCAGAGCAGGUGUAUACCAUAAAAUUCUCAGCAGAUCACCGAUACCUUGAAACAGACAUUGGGCCAAUCAUACUUGAGAGCAUCCCGAUAGACAGACAGGACAUGAGCUUGGAUUCGUUACGGCAUCUCUACGUCAGAAAUCAGUGGAUAUGUUAUGGAGGGAUGCCUAUCAUUCGGCUAUUGUCAGAUUCCCGGCCGAUAUCUUAUGAUGUACAAGGUGAUCAAGUAGCUGUUGGAUUCCUAAAUGGGCAAGUUUUGAGCUUUGAUAUUAAUCGAUGUAGCUUACAGUCAAUACUGGGAUCACACACAAUUGCAUCCGGCACCCGCCAAAGAAAGACCUACCCGGGCGAGCAUUUUGUGAAAGCUAUCCCUUAUUUGGUGACUGGUCGGUCUUGA